UCGCGCUGCAUGUCGGGAUACAUCGCGUUCUUGUUUACAAGAUGGUAGGAGAGAAUAUCUUGCUCUGAUUUACAAACAGAAAGUAUUAACCUACGACAAGCUAACGUUGUCAUUGUUUAGCCGUGUACAGACUACGUGUCGCUGCACAAAUUCCAGCUAUUUGAAUCGGAGCGACGUGAAGCGGAUGUGGCUCAGACAGCAGCUCUCAGGCUGACAGAGGAGACUUUUUGCACUGUCACUGACAGAGCUACAGACAGGACUGUAAGGUUAGCCCAAAUCACAGAGGACUGUCCAUUGGUUCUGCAGACGUGUACCUGAAUCCAGCCGAAUAUGACUUUGAACCAUCAGUCUGACUGCCUGUUUAAAUAUCUCACGCAGGAACAGAGCGACUGCAAAGCAUCUAAUUGAGCGCUACUUUCGGCAGUUAACUGACGGCUGUGGAAAUGGCGACUGCACGAAUGAGUUUUGCGCAUCAUGCCGUGACUUCCAACCUUUGGAUAACAAUUCAGCGGCUGCCAAAGCGCUCGAGCUGUUUAAGAUUAAUGCCAAACUCUGUAACUCUCACCCGUCCAAGAAAGACUCUGACACCCCUCAAGUGGACAGUACGGACCACUGUCCCACCAGGGAGAACUUCUCAGAUGUUCAUUACCUCACAGAGAACACAGUAUCUAUGAUCCUGAGUUUCUGCGAAGAGGAAGGGGACUACUCGGCUCUCAAUCGCAUCAUCGGCAGGAUUUUCUCCAGUGCAGAUGCCUUGAUGCAGAGUUUCAGAAAGGAUGAACCCAACCCUACUGGAAACCGGGACUCUCUUGAACCAACACAUGCGGACAAGAAUGCGAAGCAGAGUGAGCAACCUGCGGAGAAGAUGGGUGCUUCCUCUGCUGCUGCUUUACCAGACGAGGGUCUCAACGAAAUGUUCGACCCUUGCGAGGUCACGGUGGACAUCGGCGCUGUGCGGAGAGUCUAUGACAAAUUUCUAAGCCUGGACCAGGUAGAGGCUGCUCUUGUAAACGCACUCGUUUACCUCACUCCAAACGUGGAACUUGACCUGGAAUACCUUGACGUGUAUGAAACAAACCCAGAUUAUCUGAACAUCUUCAUCAUCGUGCUGGAGAACCGGAACCUUCACAGCCCCGAGUACCUGGAAGUGGCGUUGCCGCAGUUCUGCAAAGCCAUGUGCAAGCUGCCAGUGAGCGCGCUCGCCAGGCUGUCAAAGCUCUGGUCCGUGUACGGUCUCCCGCACAUCCGCCGUAUGAUGGAGACUUUCCAGCAGCUCAUCACUUUCACAGUCGUCAGCAAUGAAUAUGACAGCGAAAAUCUGGUAAACGAUGACCAGACCGUGGUGGCUGCGACGCAGUGUUUGAAAGUUGCGUUCUACGCAAAUAUCCUGGGCGGAGAAUUGAACGUGGAGCACAACGAGGACGAAGAGGAAGACAUUGAGUCCGAUGAGCUUACCCUGCAUGAGCUGCUGGGCGAGGAGCGGCUCUAUAAGAAGGGUCCUCGGGUCGAUCCUCUGGAGAAAGAACUGGGCGUCAGACCCGUGGACAGCAUCAAACCCCUCAUCCCUUUCGAGGAAUUCGUUAACGAGUCGCUGAACGAAGUGGUGGAGAUGGACAAGGAUUUCACCUUCUUCAAGGUAAACGCCGAAACCAAGUUUUCUUUCCAGAGCUGCCCGUUCAUCCUCAAUGUCAUCACCAAGAACCAAGGGCUGUACUACGACAACAGGAUCCGAAUGUACAGCGAGCGGCGCCUCACGGCCCUCUACAGCAUGGUGCAGGGCCAGCAGCCCAACCCCUAUCUUAAGCUCAAAGUACGCCGAGAUCACAUCAUCGAUGACGCCCUCGUCAGACUGGAGAUGAUCUCCAUGGAGAACCCGUCCGACCUGAAGAAGCAGCUGUUUGUUGAGUUUGAGGGGGAGCAAGGUGUAGACGAGGGAGGGGUUUCAAAGGAGUUCUUUCAGUUGGUCUUGGAGGAAAUUUUCAAUCCUGACAUAGGAAUGUUCAGCUACGACGACGACACCAAACUGUUUUGGUUUAAUUCGUCCUCACUGGAGAAUGAAGCACAGUACACCCUGGUUGGACUCGUCCUGGGGCUCGCCAUUUACAACAACUGCAUCCUGGACGUACAUUUCCCUAUGGUCGUCUACAGGAAACUCAUGGGCAAGAAAGGGACCUACUUGGACCUGUCAGACUCCCAUCCAGCUCUCUACCAGAGUCUGAAGGAGUUGCUUCAAUAUAGCGGCAUUGUAGAGGAAGACAUGAUGCUCACCUACCAGAUAUCACACACAGACCUUUUUGGAAACCCGAUCUUAUAUGACUUGAAGGAGCAGGGAGACCAGAUCCCUGUUACCAAGGAGAAUAGACAGGAGUUUGUGGACAUGUAUGCUGACUACAUACUGAACAAGAGCGUGGAGAGACAAUUCAAAGCCUUCAAAAAAGGUUUCCUAAUAGUCACAAAUGAGUCCCCACUGAAAUAUUUGUUCAGACCCGAAGAAGUAGAGAUGCUUAUCUGUGGAAGCAGGAAACUGGACUUUGAAGCACUUGAAAAGACAACAGAAUAUGAUGGCGGUUAUAGCAAAGACAGUCAAAUCAUCAAAGAUUUCUGGGAAACAAUUCACUCCUUUGGAGAGGAGCAGAAGAGGUUGUUUCUUCAGUUUACUACCGGCACAGAUAGAGCACCAGUUGGCGGGCUCGGCAAAUUAAAAAUGAUCAUUGCCAAGAAUGGCUCGGACACAGACAGGUUACCAACCUCUCACACCUGCUUUAAUGCACUGCUGCUCCCAGAAUACUCCUCCAAGGAAAAACUGAAAGAAAGACUUCUCAAGGCCAUCACAUAUGCCAAAGGAUUUGGGAUGCUGUGACAGAGCCACAAAGAAAGUGUUCAGACUGCAUUUUAACAAUAAAAGGGGAAAGAGGGAAAUGACAUAAAACAAAAUGCUGCAAUAACCCUGUGCCUAACCAACCUCUACCCGUCAUGCUCCACUGUUGGCCUUUCACGCCGAGGCCUAACUUCCUCCGAUAGUUUGUUUCAUAUACUGUACAGUACAGUAGGUUUCCCAAAGAGUUUACAACGGCACUUAAAUAAUGUAUUUCCUUUUGAGUUUCUGGGCAAACGUGAACAAUAUUUGAUUUGUGAAACUGUGAAAGUGCACUUAUACACAGAGUUUUAGUGAAUGCCAGCACAAGCAGUAUAUUUAUUUGGACUUUUCUCAUGUUUUUCAGUUCUUCGUGGUUUAGCAGUAUUCAGUUCGAAGGCUCUCUUCCCACAAGUGGGAUUGGACUGAGCAUAAUGGUGCUCCUUGGUAACGAUUGGCAUUGUAGUAUAUUAAACUGAAGCAUUUUAUAUUACUGCUAACCCAAAUAACCUCACUGACAAGCUCAUAUUUAAACUAUUUCCUGUCAUUGUGAGAGCAAACUCGCCACUAACCUAAAGGUUAUUUUGAAGUAUUUCUGUGUUGUGCCUCUUGUACUACAUAUAAAAUGAAUACUGUGUGUUGUGAAACAGUGAACCUGACCAGAUAGUGUGGUUUCGAUGGCUUGCAGGGUUUCAGGAUGACUGGUCGGUUCAGACUUUCACUUCCUGAAAAAAAGUGUUUCUCUUCCCUUGGUUUGUUUGCUAUUAGGUGUUUCUGAUUGUACAUUUUAAUGUGCAGUUGCCAAACGUGCAAUGCCUAUAUAAGGAAAAGAGUCACAUGAAAUGUUUUAUUUGGCCAAAUAUCUCAGGUACAUAAAGAAUGUGCAGAUAAUGUGAAACUCUUACGUAAAGCAACUAUUAUGCAAAGAAAUUAAAGGUGAAAAAAAAAUCUA